AUGUAUUCUUUUACAAUUCACCCAAUCAAUGGAAGGAACAUGUGGGAGAAGUCUACAUGCCCUACAACCUUACUCCCUCCAAAACACCAUGUGCCCAUUGGAAGACCAAAGAAAAAGAGAAGGAGAUCUGCCAUGGAGGUUGAGGAUUUGGUGAAAGGUAACCAAUUGUCAAGAGCACAAAAAUCAGUGACAUGUUCUAAGUGUAACAAAAGUGGGCAUAAUGCAAGGACUUGCAAGGGACAGAAGGCUGGUGGUUCUCAAAGUUCAAGGAAUGUUGGUGGAUCACAAACUUCAAAGAUUGUUGGUGGUGCUGGUAGUGAAAAAGUGAAGGUUGGAAGUGAAAAAGUGAAGGCUGGUGGAUCACAAACUUCAAGGAAUGAUAGUGGUGCUGGAAGUGCGAAAGUGAAGGAUGGAAGUGCAAAAGUGAGGGCAAGUGUUAGCAAAAAAGGGAAAGGUGUCCCAUAA